UUUUAGUCCUGACAGCCCUUGCGGUAGAACGUGUAAAGUGAACUUGAAAAAAUCGAUAAACGCGUAGAUGAUCAAAUUGGAUAUAGAAACCAAAUAGUGUUGGCUUAGCUGAGCAUGUGCGACGGUUUGUCGACAAGUGGGCGUAUGUUAAGGAAGGUUCAAACAGUCGAAGCAAUCAAAUAACAAUAAUAAGUGAAUAUUGAAGUACAAUAAAUUAUUCAAAGGCAAAGUUGACAGCGACAAGUGUGUUAAAGUAACGGAAAAUCGAAAAUACGAAAAUACUGUGCAAGUGUAAACAAGGAAAAUUGGAAAUAUUUAUAUGAAUUAUAUAUUUGAGAAUUGUGGCAAAGCAUACUUUUAUGCGCCCAGGCGUAUUUACCGACGUGUGAGUGUGUGUAAGUGAUUAACGUGUAAAGAGUGACCGACAAGCGCACGCAUUUAACGCCAGCGGCUUAGUGGGCUGUUGAUUUAUACGCCGUUUGUGCUUUUAUUGUGCUUUUAACGGUUUUAAUGGGCGUUGCGUGCGACGGCUGUAAAGAAAAAUCAAAAUAAGGUUGAAAGAAAAACACAAAGAAACAGAGAAUUACAGCAUUUACGGUGACAAAGUAGAAACUGCAAAGUGUAAGGCAUCGUAAACGAACUUACAAACUUGCAACCAUACAACAACAGUGACAACAACAGUGUCGAAUAUGUUGCUUUUAUCUCGCGCGUCGAUUUUUUGGCGCUCCGGCGCUUUCGUGUCGUUAAUUGGCACAAUUCUUGUUGCAUGUCUCAUGCAACUGCCCGUCAGCGCGGUAAGUGUAAUGCAUAGCACGCAACAGCAACAAAAGGGGCAGCAGCAGCAACAACAGCGUCUUGGCAACAUGUUGCGUGAUGCCGCCUUUAAUAAAAACGCUCCUAACGACCAAGUGCUUAGCGAUAAUGACGUUGCAACUGUCGACGAACUAGAUUCCGACAAUUAUAUUGGCGAUGAUUUUGCUAAUGACUUUGCCGCUGCUUCGGAGCGCUACGCCGCCAGCGCUGAGUCCUCCAGUGUUGAGCUGUUGCGCUUUGUCGACGAGCGCGACGAUGCAACGCUGGUACAUGCAACAACCACCGGUGCUGCUAGUGCGAUCUCCACCACCACCCCCAGCAUCUCAACAACUACCAUAACAGUGGCGCCACCGCAUGAGCAGAACGCUGAUGCACUGCCGCUCGCCGAGCAGGUGCAAUUACUUUCCAAGCAGUUAAACGCACUGAUGAUGCGCCGUCGUGAGGAUUACGAGCUGCUCGAGCACAAUUUGCGCAAAUCGUUGAGAAUCGGCACGACUGCGGGCGAUGUGUUGUCGGCCGGUGCUGAGGAUGCAGAUAUGCGCACCGAAUUGCAGGAUUUGCGCCGCGAAGUCGCCGCCUUGCGUGAUGGUCACCUCGGCGGCAACAAAGAGCGCCUCACCGUCGAGUGGCUGCAGCAAUCGAUCGCUGAGAUACGCAAACAACUCGUCGAACUGCAGGGACUCGCCAGCGAAGCCAGCAAAAGCAUUAGCCAUCGGUCGCAGGGCUACGAGGACAUGGCGACGGUGCGCAACGACUUCACCCAGUUGAAAUUGGAGGUGGCCGCGCUGAGGGAGCGCCAGCAGCAGAGCGAGGUAUUUGUGCAGGAGCUCCGCGAAGAAGCGUUACAGCAGGAGGAAGACUAUAAACGUUUGCUCUUGCGUGCCGCGCCGUCGCCGACGGUCGUCAAGGGAAUGCCGGCGGAGCCAGCGUUGGUGUUGGAGGAGAAGCAAAUGCAACAACAGCUACAGCAAACAGUGCAGUCGAGCGAAAUCGAUUCGGAAAAUAACGAGCUAAUCCACGACCCACUAACUGCCGAUCACAAGCGCCGCCAUUGCCGUUUCCAGCGACAACAAAUCCAUGAACUCCAACUGGCACAGCGCUCACUAAAAUCCCAAUUGAACGAACUGAAGUAUCAUCGCAUAGGCGAACGUGUACGCAACUUGGAAAUCGAACAGCAUCGUAUGGCCGAUGCCAAUUUCAAUUUGAGUCGACAAAUUGCCUCGCUCGAUAAAUUGCACACUUCAAUGCUGGAGCUGCUCGAAGAUGUCGAGAGUUUGCAAACGAAAAUGGAUAAAAGCCUACCUGAGUUGAGGCAUGAAAUUUCCAAAUUAGAAUUCACCAGCGCACAACUUACCGUGGAGGAGAGUCUGCUGCGUGAAGAGGGCAAAAAUGUGGCGCGGUCGGUGCAGGCGAUGGCGGUGAGCGUGAGCACGUUGCAGGAUGAGCGUGAUGCUAAUAAACAAAUGCAGGUGGCGGUGGCGCAGCUGCGAGGCAAGUUGGACCGACUGGAGAGCGUGUCACAGGAUAUGCAACGUGCGGUGAUGCAACAGCAGAAGCAGCGCAGUGCAGAACACAAGUUACACCACUCUCACCAAAAGCAUCACAAUCACCAACAUCGAGACACCAGCAGCAAGAAUAACAAUGACGACAAAAACAUUCCUCCGGGAACAGCAGAGGCACAUGACGCCGAAUCGCUGGUCGCUAAGCUCGAAAAUGUCGAAGAGCAAUAUGAGUCCAUAAUACAGAAUCUCCCACAGGACUGCAGCGGAGCGCCAACCGGCAGUGCGGCCGGCCUCUUUAUGAUUUCACCAGCCGGCCAGCAACAACCACGCUUGGUGCAUUGCACCGCGGACGGUUGGACCACCAUACAGCGACGUUACGACGGCAGCGCCGACUUCAAUAGGUCUUGGGCUGAUUACGCUACCGGUUUCGGACAACCAGCCGGCGAAUACUGGAUUGGCAAUGAACAGCUACAUCAUUUGACACGCAAUAAUUGCACUCAACUACUCAUACUCAUGCAGGAUAUUUACGAUAAUGUUUGGCUGGCACAAUACGAUCGCUUUUACAUUUCAUCCCGCGCCGAUGGUUAUCGCCUGAAUACCGCCGGCUACAGCGGCAAUGCCUCCGAUGCGCUCGACUAUCAACAGGGCAUGCAGUUCUCGGCGAUCGAUGUCGAUCGCGAUAUCUCACAGACGCACUGCGCCGCAAACUAUGAGGGUGGCUGGUGGUUCUCGCAUUGUCAGCACGCCAAUCUAAAUGGACGCUACAAUCUGGGUUUGACUUGGUUCGAUGCAACGCGCAACGAAUGGAUUGCCGUCAAAUCGAGUGAAAUGCUAAUUAAACGCCAAACGGCAUCAAAGUGCAGUGCCGAACCGACAGCUGCGGAAGUGACGACGACAUCAUGGCAGAUAGCGCCGGCAGCGGCGUCAACGUCGUUGUCAUCGUCGUCGUCAUCGUCAUCACCAUCGCUACCGGCAGCGCCUCCGGCUGGCCAACAACUCCUGACGGACGAAGCGCACUCGGAGGCAAUGCUUGCGGCGGCGGCGCCAGCCGCAGUGAGUAGCGCGACGCUUCGGCCAGUGCGCUCGCCGGCAACGAAAGCGUUGUAUGCUUCCGCGGCGCGUCUGUAAGGUGGUGCUCUCUGAAAUUGUUCGCACAAAAGCACCAACUAAAAUGUAGAUGAUGAUGUGCGCGCCACCAUAGUCAUGCCUGCGGCAGUUCACGUGUGCAGUGCGUUUGUUGAUAUGUAUGUAAAUAUGGUAGUGGCGGCAAUACAUAUACGUAGUAUACAUCUGUAUGUAUAUGUAUAGGUAAAUGUUUGCCGAUAACUGAUUUGAUUUUUCGAUUUAUGCGUGUGGGUAAGCAAAACAAUUGCGCUGCAGUAUAUUUAUUUAGUCCAAAGUUACUAAUUGAUUUAAGUUUUUGUAUGUAUGUGUGUGGGUGUUCGUUUGAUAUUUAGAUUAGGCAAAUAUACAUAUAAACAUGGUAUAUUUGUAAUGAUAAGUAAACUAGUGGCAAGUAGUUGCUUUUUUAAAGUAAUAUGUAAGCAGCGAGAAAGGAAGUGCAUUGAGGUAAUUGAAGUCAAAUGAUUUUUAUAUAUGAGAUACUUUUCCACUACUUUAAGCUUAGACUAAAGCUUAAUAUUAACGUUAAAAUCAAGUAUAUAUUUUUAUUUUAUAAUUAAACAAUUAAUUAAUAAUAAAUUAAAAUUCUAUUCCAGCUUACACAUUUUUUUCUUGGAGGAGUUCUAAUGCAUAUGUAUAGCUUCCAAUUUAUCACUUUAGCAAAAUUUAAUAAUUUAUAACGAUUCUUUUUCUGGACUAAUUAAGUGCCCAACUCCCCUCCUCUCUACCUCCUCUCAGAAGAUUUAAAGAGAUAUAUUUUUGAAAUUUAAAUAUUUUUAGGACUUAUAUAUAAUAUAUAUAUUAAUUAUCAAACUUAAUAUAAUUAUCAGCCGUGGAGAAUAAAUAUUAUUACUUUAUACAAGCAUAUUUUUUGUUUAAAAUUUUCAAAAUACAUUCACAACUUUCAUAUCUUAGUAAAAAUUAAAAAAAAUCUACCCACCCAAAUACACAAAGAUCGAACAGAAACACAUUCUUUACAAUGGUAAAAUAAUUCAAAAUUUCGAACAUCAAUUUUAGAUAUUAAAUAUCAAUUAUAUUGUGGAAACUGCUGUGAUGGAAAUAUGAAUUUCAACUGCACCUUUUACCACUGCAAAUGCGCUUUUUGCGAAUUAUUUUCAUAUCUGCAUUCAGAAAAGAACUUUUAGUUGAUGAUUUUUCCAAUACCAAUAAACAUUUAUGAAAUCUAGUUCUGCCUACAAACGCAUUUCUAUGAUAACCUUACUGAAAACACCAACAAAAAAAAACAAAUGCACAGAAUAUAAAACUCAUUGCGCCGAUUAAUUACAGCAACAAUGCUGCAAAUGUUUAUGCAAUUUUACAGAUAUAAUAAUAGAUUCAAAAUUGGCAGCAGAUAAAAUUGUUUACACUUUUUAUACUCUCGCAACCUGUUGCUACAGAGAUAAUAGUUUUGU